AAAGCUUAAUAAUUCAAAAAGUUUAAAGAUUAGAAAUAUGAAGAGAUAGCUAUAGCAGCCACGAGCUGAAAGAGCUGAACAUUUUGAUAGUUGAACGGUUUCUGUAGCUUAAAAAGUGUGGAAGGCGUUAAGUAGCAAAAAGCGUACGGAAGAAAUAUAAAAUAAGGAGGAAUAAAGAUUCGAAGAACAAUAGUUGGAAUGCUUAACAGCAUUCCAACAAUAAGACGGCACUGCCGCAAGAACUCUAAUCAGAUAUGUGUUGUUUUCUGUUUCUCAGAUUGUCUGUCGCUACGACAUCAUUCUGAUCCAGGAGGUCAGAGACCCGGAUCAGGAAGUGACCAAAAGACUCAUGACGGCCGUCAGCAAUCGUUGUAAGUUCCGGUACAAGUACAUCUACAGCGAGCCUCUGGGUGAUACUUCACACAAGGAGAGAUAUCUCUUCCUCUACAGGGUGGGGAUAGUGUCCGUGGGUAGAUCCUACACCUACGAGGACAUUCCCUACGGUAGCUACAGUCGCUUCAGCCGGCCGCCCUUCAUCGUUGAGUUCUCCUCCACAGGCACCGGUAGGCUCUGAAAGAGUGCGGCAAAGAACAGAGAGCGAUAACUCUUUCUCACUGUCAGACACCAGUGAUGUAGAUUUCCUCUCUCAUUAGGCGACCAACUGAGAACUAAACACCAGACGUGUGUGAGAGAUUCUGAGGUCACGAUCCGUUGGUC